AAAAAGGCCAUCCAUCCAAGUGCGCUCGGGACAGUCCUGGAUUCCAGAUCGCCCUCCUGCCCAAGCACCCCGGACGGCGCCAGCAGCACACCGCGCAGCAAGCCGAUCUCGCCAACGCAAACAGCUGGACUUGGCCCGGAACCGCCCCCGACUGUUCCUUCGUAGCAGAAUAGAAGCACAACCGCAAACGCAAACGCAAACACACGUAUCCUGCAGCCUCCAUUUCAUCGCACAGCUAUGUCGACGCUGCUUAGAUCCGGGCGAAAGGCGCUGAGCCUUGCAACGAGAACACCGUCCCUCGCAUUGGCGACAUCUCGAGGAUCCCUCUUCCAAAUCCCACGCGGUUUCCAAACCGCCGUAGUCGCUCGCACUGAGGCCACCGUCACCGCCGAGAAGCGCAAGCGUGUGAUCCAAAUCUUCGAUCCCACCACCGAGCUGAUCGAGGCCAGCGAGAUCAGCAAAAUCGCCAUCCCUGAGGGGGUCUCGACCGCUUUUGGCGAGCACUACCGCCGGAUGGUCAUGGGUUUCCAGAAGGCCGACUUGGCGCAUAAUGCCCUGCGAGUCUUUUCAUACCAGAUCGCCUCGCCGCGCGACGCCGAAAUCUUUGCGACGCUUCUAAAGCAGUGGAGGGCCACGGGCCACUCGUUCUCGAAGGGAGACUCGCUUGUGGUGCUGGAAAGCCUGUGGAAUGCCGGUGCCUACGACACCAUUCUCGAACUGUGGUGCGACCGCCCGUCCUACAACAUGGUCUUUGGCCUGGACUAUGCCCACCGGCUGAUGCGUAGCUUCCAAACCGAGGCCUUGGCCAAAGGUGUCUCUGAAGAAGCCCAUAUCGCCGCUCUCGACAAGCUCUACAAGACUUUUGCUGUGGCGCUCUCGUAUGACUAUCCCCCCACGAGCGAGACGUACGCCAUCCUUAUUUCGACGGGUGCGUACGGACGCACCUCCGAGGGCUGGAGACGCUCUCUUGUCACGGCAAAGGAGCAGAUUUCCCUCGGCCUGCCGUUUACGCCCGAGUCGACCAUUGCCCUUGUCGAUGGCUACCUCAAGACCGGGCUGACCAAGGAGGCAGCCAGCCUGAUCACGUCCGAGCGAAAGCGUCUGCCUGCCUUGCGCGCUCUGGAUCUCUUCCAGAUCCAAGUUGCUUUGGCCAGCCAGAACUAUGUGCAGGCCAUCGAGGCCUACACCCAACUGAAAGCCAACGACGCACCGGAAGACUCGGCUGUGUUUGGAUCGUGGCUGUGGGAGUCGGAGGCACAGGUCGUCGACAAGCUGAUCCAGGCUUUGGCCGCCGAUCCCGCCAACGAGACCAUGCUGAAGAAAGUCGAGAGCCUGAGAUCGGGUGCUCGCUGAGAGCACAGCGUUGCUUUGGACGCGGCGAAGCGCUUACAACACCGUCCCUCCUCGCGAUGAUGUACAGCCAGAAAAUGACAAGGCUUUUGGAUGCCAAGGCGCCUUGCGAUGAAUCUCGAGGGGAGCUCCCAUGACCAGCGCCGUCGGUCAAUUGGACUGGCACUUGCAUAUUGGACGGGUGGGUCUACCGUCGAUACAAACGGCAACUUGCGGAUCGGGCUGAUCGGCGUCGUCGACCACUCGUCCCUCUCAUGAUCAAAUACAUGUCACGCCAACAGUUGGCCAGUGACUUUGCACCUGUG